AAAAACAAGUCUCAAUUCCUUACUUCGUCCCGGUGAUCUCAAUUCUGACGAUGGAGGGGUUAUUGUUAGUAGUACUCUCCAUGCUGCUAGUAGUCGGAUUGAUUCCACUGUACCUAUGGAAACGCCUCCAGGAUUCUCGUUCCUCCCCUGAGCAGGAUGAACCGCAACAGGCUCCACGAAGGGACACUGUGGUUCGCGCCACUGGUACUCGUCGAAUGCGCCGAAGAACAGCUGCUUCUGGAGCUGGCACUUCAUCUGCUUCUGCAGCAAUGGUAGAAGAAUCUGUUGGUGAAAGUGAUGAUGAAGCUGCUGCUGGUGGGUAUUAUGAAGCUAAAGCGUCAAAAAAGAAGGAGAAGAAACGAGAAGAGAGGGAAGCACGGCGACAGGCUGAGGAAGCUGCAAGAGAAUCAAGGCAGACAAAACAAGACCGUUAUGCAGAGAUGCGGAGGAGGAAAGAUGAAGAGCGUGAGGCACAAGAGCGUUUGCUGGAAGAAGAGGCCAAAGCUCAGAAGGCUAGAGAAGAGGAAGCUGCUGCGUUAGAAUUUGAGAAGUGGAAAGGCGAUUUUUCUGUUGAUGAUGAAGGUACCCUUGAAGAAGUUUUAGACAGUAAUAAAGACUUGCUUGCAGACUUCGUAGAAUAUAUAAAGAAGCAAAAAUGUGUUCCCUUGGAAGAACUUGCUGCAGAAUUCAAGUUACGGACUCAGGAAUGUAUCAACCGCAUUACCUCACUGGAAACUAUGGGUCGGAUUUCUGGUGUCAUGGAUGAUAGAGGAAAAUAUAUUUACAUAUCAGAAGAAGAGAUGAAAGCUGUUGCUGAUUAUAUCAAGCGGGAAGGAAGGGUUAGCAUUUCCCUCCUGGCUAGCAAGUCCAACCAGUUCAUUGAUUUAGAACCAAAAGCCCAGUUCACUGAGGACAUUAGUAAUGUGGAGGAGAUUUCUGUCAACUAACUCUGGGGAGCGGAAAAGGUUCUGCUGUAUGACUUGAUAUAGGAAGCAUAAUGUAAAUGGAAAUCGUCUGUAAUAUUUUCCCCCUCUACGAGUCUUUCUUCCAAGGGGUGUAUUAUAGCCCAUAUGUAAUAACUUAUAACACGUAUCUAACAAUUUACUUGUAGUUACUAAUUUUAUUCUUAAGUUUGAAAUAAACAGAUCUAAUAUGCGGAGCAACUGUCCAUUUAUAUUCAUACUUUUUUUCCUGA